GUAUGUAUAAACCAAUUCAUAAUAUUUUUUUGUAGUUUAUGUUAGUGUAUAUAAAGUUUAUGUCAACAGUGUACAAUCGGUAUCAAUAGAACAAUUUCGUUUUGUAUAAAUACCACACACUUUAUUGAAAUUCUUAAACAUUUUAAAGUCUGGUUUCAGAAAAUUUACAAAAUUUUAUUUGUCAGUUUUGAUGACGAAAGUAACCGUCAAUGCUGGUUCAGUGAGCACUGAAUAAAGAUGCAGACAAUUACAUUAACUAAACAAAAAUAUUCCAGAAUUUAUUUAAAUAUUACUGACAGUAAAAAUUGUCAGUGAGGAAUGUCACUCCCAGAUCCCAAAGUCUGAAAGUGCAAUGCAAGAAGUUACUGCAACAGAAAAUCGUCCUGUAAGAGCAACGGGUAAUGACAAAAUUUCAUCAUCGAUUCGUGCCGAAUCCGAAGACGAGUCGAACAAUCAGAAUCCUUCGAGUAUUGUGACGUCAAUUUCUUCAUUGGUGUGUAGAAUUUGCCAUACAAACACAGUCCACGAGGCUCUCAUCUCCCCUUGUUAUUGUAAAGGUUCGUUAGCUUAUGUUCAUCUGUCGUGCUUAGAAAGAUGGUUGAAUCAGUCGAGCAGAAAUUAUUGCGAAUUGUGUAUGUAUCAAUACAACGCAGUGCAAACGCAACGGUACGGUCUGAUAGAAGGAAUACGGAUGUGGAUAAUGCAUCCGAGAAACCGAACCCAUAUUCAGUCUGACGUGCUGAUAUUAGUUUUGCUCACUAUUGUCACCGUAGGUUUGAUAGUUGUUUGUCUGCUGGGAAUUCAUUAUUUCGAGAUCGAAGGCGAAAAGAUCGGAAUAUCGAAGAAUUGGACGAAAGGAGCGAUCAUAUUUUUUCUGUGCAUUGUCGUUGUUGGUUACUUGAUAACGUUGUAUUUAAUGAUCAAGGACCAAGUGGUGCCGUGGUAUCAGUGGUGGAAACGAACUCUAGAUGUGAGACUCUUGCUGACCCCGUCUGUCUUAGAUGACUCGAUUAACGUGCAAAGACAAAACAGAGAAACGUCAGUGUAAUAAGUAUUUAAAAAUAAA